AGAUGAGUUUGGUAGAAAUUACACUACUGUUUAUGAAGUAGCUGAAAACUGGGAUAGCGAUAAUUUUAACCACCACCGCGAGGAAGGAAAAUAUAUCAAUAAUGAUAAAGGCACGGAAAUUACUUAUCAAAAUGGUUUCGAUGAUGGAUUUUUUCUACCCGGCAAUUUCAAAAGUGAUGAAGAAUUAAAGCACCAGGAAAGGUUGAAUGGAAGUCGUUUGCAAACCCUAGAAAGAGAUAAAAAGGAAUUUGAAGAAAAAUUGACCCAUUACGAAAGUUUGCCAGCAGAAGAGCGAAGGAAUAAAGACACUCGACGAAUGGGAAGAGAUGAGGUUGGAAAAUUAAUAACUAAUAAAGAGGAUAACAAUUCUGAUUUACGAAAAGAAAACCAAGAAUUGCGCCAACAAUUAACGGCAGUCCAAAAACAAUUGGCCGAAGUUUUGGAGGAAUUGAAAAAGUUAAAGAAUAAUAUCAAUGGUAAAGGUAAUGAAAAGUUAGAACAACAAAUAGUCCAAAAUGAAAAGUUGAUUAAAGAAGGAAAAAAUCUUUCCGUGGCUGAGGUUCAAGAGCAAGUUAAUAAAUCGCAAGCAUUAAUGAAAGAGCUUAAUAAUGUUUCCGCAACCGAAGAUAAUAAAGCUGGAAAUGGUUCGUUUCCUUAUGUAGUUGGUAGUUCAGUAAUAUUGGUUUCGGCGGGAAUUAUUGGUUAUUUUCUGUUGAAAAAGAAUCGAGGGAAAAAGGUUGCUUAA